AUUGAAAUUUAAUUAACUAAUUUGACAAUCAUGUACCAACAAAAUCCAUCUGUCCAGAGAGAAAGUGUAUUUCUCGACCACUUGUCCAAAGACUCAAGGGUGAGUGGAGCCUAUACAAGCUGGAUGAGCGGUUUUAAAGGAAAGCGCUGGAAUGUAAAUGUGUUCAAACAAUACAAUAUAUUUUUAAUAACUGUAGAUCUGACGAGAGAACCAUAAAAGCCACGGAUAACACCUUAUACAUCGCAUCUUUCAAUGUAAAAACAAUACGUUGACGAGUCAUUGCAGAAAGUGAGAGGAGGAGCCUAAUUUUUGCCCGUGCACAGGUACAUAAAAGGUCAUAACGAUACAGGGAGGUAAUGAUGAAUAACCUGAUGACGAAAAUCUAUCAGUCAGUUUGUUGACAUGCAUGUGGAUCCGUGUGCCGUGCAGAGGGCUUUUGAGGGUGAAUGUGCGCAUGUGUGUAUGAUAGAGUAUUACAAAUUGUUGUCAAGAAAGCAAUUUGUUUCUGUCUCGGAUGAGUUUUUCAUCAUGACAAAUUGAUGUAAACCUCAUCUGAAAAUCUGCCAUCUCCCCCUGUGCCCCUACUGAGCCUACCUGGGCGCCACUCUCAGUUUUAUUGGGAUGAAGUCAUAGCCGCAAUCCCUCACCACACCCUCCCCACCCCUGGCCCCGCCUCUGCUUUAAAUCUAGACUCGACACCUGUGUAUGCAAGUGUGUAUACCGAGGGAGCAGAGCUGUAUGUGUGCACGGUAGUCUUGAUCCCCACGUGUAUGUGUGAACAUGAACGUACGUGCUGACACAUACAAAGCACCUAUGUGGGUAUGCGUCCGAGUGCUGCAGAUGAUGAUAUCUGGCAAUGCCAAAUGAGGAGGUGGAAAAUGAGGCUAACAAUGGCCUUCUGCAGCUGUGGCACAGAGGAUGGCAUUUGUCAACGGUUCCAGCACUUAAACUGUACAUGCGCACACUCAAUGCUUUCUUCAGAUGUAGCCUCGCUGCUCAAUGUGGGUUGACUAUUAUUCUCUCUGUUUUCAAUCACUGUUCACUGAAAGGUCUGUGUCAUUCUUCUUUUUCUGUUCAUGGUUCAUUAUCUACAUUAAUGUCACAAACCUUGAAACACUGACAUCUUUUUAGGAAGUUCCACAAAUGCAUUUGCCCCGACCAAGACAAGAGUUUCUCAGUAUUCUCUCUUAUGUUACAUUUCUUUUUCUAUCAAGCGUACAAUUAUUAUAAUAAAAUUUCCAGAUGGCUGGUUCAAAUAGGACUAGAUGGCUGCUCUCUGCUGGAUAAUAAGGGAACCCCAAGUCCUUGAAAGCAUGAUGAGGUGUUGCUGUUGCUCUUUAUUUUAUUAGAUUGUCUUCAUCUAAAGUGAUGUUUAUUGGGUCAAUUUAUUCAAUUUCAUCCCAUAAUGACAAAAAAGAUUGAUGACUGGUUGAUUUGUUCCCACUUUAUUGCACUGUUUAUGGUGUCUCUAGAGGUUGCAUUGAGUGAUAUUUUCUAUUCUCCUUCAUGUUGGGUCAUUUUCAGAAUGUAUGUACAUCCCAUGAGAGAUCUGACAUAAUAUUGGCUUAAUAUCUGCGGUGCCCUUUGGCCUCCUUCCUGUUUGAUUUUUUUUCCUCGUUAUUGUUCUUCUCCUGCAGUUAAAGAUCAGGGGCUUUUUUCCAUGUAUUCUUAGUUAUUUGCCCGAAUAAUGUCCACAUUUUGUGGUGUCUCCAGCAAACACUCUUGUGGUAACAUUCUGCCACUUGCAUUGUCACCUCCCCGCCCUUCUCUCAAAAGCUACACUUCUUUGUUUUUGUCUCCCGUCUCUUUUUCCCAUCCCUUCGGCUCACUCAUUAGGUCUCGCAGUCACUCUUUCUCCCUCUGCAUCUCUCCAGAUUGGAGAGAGAGAGAGAGGGAGAGGGAGGGAAAGAGACAGGGGGAGUGUGUGCGCGAGGAGUCUGUUCUCAGUCUCAGCCGUGACCAGAUGGAGGAUGGAGCUGCAGCCACAUCGCUUCCUCUCUUCUGCUCUGCCUGCCACAGGCUGAAAGGCUUUCUCUUUUCUGCUCCCAGUGUCUCCUCAUCCAUCUAGUCCCCCCGUGCCCGCCUUGACCUUGAUGUGUGACGGAUUGAUCUUAAAAAGGAGUAAGGACAAGAAGUAAGAGGGGGACAAAAAGACGUGCGGUCUCCUGGUAAAGGGGAUAGCGGCAGAGAGCCCCGUGCUCAUCUUUUUUGCCUGAAGCAUGUCCGUGCGCAGCGUUGGUCUCCGCAGGGAAACACCUCCACGUGUGUUUUAGUGUCUUGUCCCAAACUGCUUAAGUGUGCUUGUGUAGAGCUCCUUUUCCUUCUGCCUGUCUCGCACAGCACUCUGGCACCCAGCAAGUGGACUGAGCUUCUCAAAGCUUGCCUCAAAACACACGGGAAGGAGCGAAAAUAGAAGAACUGCAAAGGACAGAAAGUGCGCGAAAAAACGCGGCGCAACAAACAUUGAGAAAGAAGACAAGGGCUCUCUGACGAGAGUGGAGCGGAGUGGAGGACUUAAGGGUGUAGAGGGUUAAUCAGAAAGUGAUAGAAGUGCAGAGCGAUGCAUCACUCAGGCAACACAGGAAGAACAAAGACCCUCUCUCACGAGACAGGUCGCCCAAUGCCUCCAACCUCUUCCUCUUCCCUGCUCCCUCCGUCCCAUCCGUCCUCCUCGUCCGCCCCACACCACCCCUCCCCUGGCCCGUCUCCACCCAUCAGGGAGUGCCAGGUUCCCCUUCUGGAGAAAAACUCCACCCAUUCUCACCUGGAGCCCCACCCAGAUGACUCAUACUUACUCCGAGCCCAGCCGUCUGCCACUGGGGUGUCCAACCACCACACCCAAUCAAACUACAGGCCUCCGCUGCCCCCUCCACACAAUCAUCACACCUUGUCGCACCAGUCUGCAAACAGCCUAAACAGAAACACACUGAGAGGUGGCCGCAACCCCAUUCAUGCCCCAGCUCCAGGAACCGGGGAUGGACCAACCACUCCUGAGUCUGUGCAGCUCCAAGACAGCUGGGUACUCAACAGCAAUGUCCCACUAGAAACCAGGCACUUCUUAUUCAAGACAUCAUCAGGGACCACCCCGUUGUUCAGUAGCUCCUCUCCCGGCUAUCCUCUCACUUCUGGAACAGUGUAUUCACCACCUCCUCGUUUGCUACCCAGAAACACAUUUUCCCGCUCGGCCUUCAAGCUAAAGAAGCCGUCCAAGUACUGCAGCUGGAAAUGUGCAGCAGUGACAGCCAUCGCUGCAGCCGCCCUGCUGGCCAUCCUAUUGUCCUACUUUAUCGCAAUCAAUCUACUUGGUUUGACAUGGCAGCUGAAGCCGUCGGACGGCCCAGUUUUAAACAACGGACUGGGGUCUGCCGUGCCUGUGAACAGUGAUGUGGCCACGCUGCCUUCUGGAGGCAGAGGUCCUUGGACAGGGCGGAACAGCAGUAUAGACACGGGCAACAUUGAUGUUGGGAGAAGAGUGACCCAAGAAGUACCGCCCGGUGUCUUUUGGAGGUCCCUGAUGUACCUCAGUCAAGCGCAAUUCCUCAAGUUCAACAUUUCCUUGGGCAAGGAUGCCCUGUUCGGAGUCUACAUUCGCAAGGGCCUGCCCCCCUCACACGCACAGUAUGAUUACAUGGAGCGCUUGGAUGGGAAGGAGAAGUGGAGUGUGGUUGAGUCUCCACGAGAAAGGAGGAGCAUUCAGACUGUGGUCCUUAAUGAGGCGGUGUUUGUCCAGUACCUGGAUGCUGGAGCCUGGCAUCUGGCCUUUUACAAUGACGGUCGGGAGAGAGAGACAGUUUCCUUCAGCACAAACAUAAUGGAUUCUGUGCAAGAGUGCCCGCGCAAUUGCCAUGGUAACGGAGAGUGCAAUUCUGGUGUAUGCCAUUGCUUCCCAGGAUUCCACGGCAUGGACUGCUCCAAAGCGGCAUGUCCAGUGCUUUGUAGUGGAAAUGGGCAGUACGACAAGGGCUCCUGUGCAUGUUACAGUGGCUGGAAAGGACCUGAAUGUGAUGUCCCUGUCACACAAUGCCUUGACCCUCUUUGCAGUGGCCACGGCAGCUGCACCAAUGGCAACUGUGUGUGCUCCAUCGGCUACAAAGGACAAAGCUGUGCUGAAGUGGAUUGCCUAGACCCGACAUGUUCCAACAAUGGCAUCUGUGUGAAUGGUGAAUGCCACUGUAAGCCAGGAUGGGGAGGUCUCCACUGUGAGCUGCCUCGGGCUCAGUGUCCGGACCAGUGCCACGGUCAUGGUGCCUUCAUUCCCGACACUGGGCUGUGCAGCUGUGACCCGAACUGGAUGGGACCUGACUGCUCCAUGGAGGUGUGUUCCGUAGACUGCGGAACACAUGGCGUGUGUAUGGGUGGAGCUUGUCGCUGCGAGGAUGGCUGGACAGGAGCAGGCUGUGACCAGCGUGUGUGCAACCCGCUUUGCAUCAAACACGGAACCUGCAAGGAUGGCAAAUGUCAGUGUCACCAGGGCUGGAAUGGAGAGCACUGCACUAUCGACCAUGGGAGCAUGGUUGACAAAGCAGAUGGCUGUCCUAACCUAUGUAAUGGGAAUGGGCAAUGCACCAUGGGACAGCAGAGUUGGCAUUGUGAAUGUCAAACCGGUUGGAGGGGCCCUGGGUGCAGUGUUGCCAUGGAGACCUCUUGCGCCGACAACAAGGACAACGAAGGAGAUGGACUAACCGACUGCAUGGACCCAGAUUGCUGUAUCCAGAGUCCCUGUCAAAACAGUCCACUGUGCCGGGGUUCCAGGGACCCUCUGCAAGUCAUUCAACAGAUCCCUUUGGCCCAGACCCGUGUCCACUCCUUCUACGACCGUGUUAAGAUGCUCGUGUCACGAGAUGGCACCCAUGUCAUUCCUGGAGAAAACCCGUUCAACUCCAGUUUGGCAUCUCUUAUCCGGGGUCAGGUGUUGACGACAGAUGGAACGCCUCUGGUGGGGGUGAACGUGUCUUUUGUCAACUACCCCCACUAUGGAUACACGCUGACGCGACAGGAUGGAAUGUUUGACCUGAUAGCUAAUGGUGGUGCAUCACUGACCCUGCGAUUCGAACGUGCCCCCUUCCUGAGCCAGGAGCGCACCGUGUGGCUGCCCUGGAGCCAGUUUUAUGCUAUGGACACUGUGGUGCUUAAGACAGAAGAGAACACAAUCCCUGGCUGUGACCUGAGUGGCUUCAUCAGGCCUGAUCCUCUUGUGAUUGCCUCCCCUCUCUCCUCCUUCUUCAGCUCCAAGCCAGGGGAGAAACCCAUCAUACCGGAGACACAGGUGCUGCAUGAGCAGAUCGAGCUGCCUGGCACAAGUCUAAAGCUGUGCUACCUAAGUUCGAGGACACAGGGCUACCGCUCCCUGCUCAAGGUGACCAUGACCCCUGCCGUGGUGUCCAUGGGUCUCCUCAAAGUUCACCUUAUGGUGGCGGUGGAGGGUCACCUCUUUCAGAAGUGGUUCCAUGCCUCGCCUAAUUUGGCCUACACUUACAUCUGGGAUAAGACUGAUGCAUACGGACAGAGGGUCUACGGGCUUUCCGAGGCUGUGGUGUCUGUGGGCUACGAGUACGAGUCAUGUGCAAGUCUCAUUUUAUGGGAGAAAAGGACUGUCAUGUUGCAAGGUUAUGAACUGGAUUCCACUAAUCUCGGUGGCUGGUCACUGGACAAGCACCAUAUACUCAACGCACGAAGCAGCAUUGUCCAUAAGGGAAGCGGAGAAAACAUCUUUGUGACGGAGCAGCCUCCUGUUAUCAGCAGCGUUAUGGGCAACGGUCGCAGACGUAGCAUCUCCUGCCCCAGUUGUAAUGGCCUUGCGGAUGGCAACAAGCUGCUCGCACCGGUUGCCUUGGCGAUGGGCAUCGAUGGCAGUCUCUACGUGGGGGACCUCAACUUUGUACGCAGGGUUUUUCCAUCAAUGAACACGACUGGCAUCCUAGAAUUAAGGAACAAAGAUUUUAGACACAGUAAUAACCCGACCAAUAAGUACUUCCUGGCAGUUGAUCCGUUAUCUGGGGCAUUGUUCAUCUCAGACACCAACUCCCGAAGAAUUUACCGAGUUCGCUCAUUAACAGGCGGCCGCCUGCUGUCUGACAAUGCUGAGGUUGUGGCUGGGACGGGAGAGCAGUGUCUGCCCUUUGAUGAACGCUGCGGCGAUGGCGGCAAAGCCACUGAAGCUACACUUAUGAGCCCAAAAGGUAUUGCCGUAGAUAAAAAUGGGCUCAUGUACUUUGUGGACGCCACUAUGAUCCGGAAGGUGGACCAAAACGGUAUCAUCUCCACUUUACUGGGAGCCAACGAUUUGACUGCCGUGCGACCACUGAGCUGUGACACCAGCAUGGACGUGAGCCAGGUACGUCUGGAGUGGCCCACAGACUUAGCAGUGAACCCUAUGGACAACUCUCUCUAUGUCCUGGAGAACAAUGUCAUUCUGCGCAUUACCGAGAACCAUCAGGUGAGCAUCAUAGCAGGUCGGCCUAUGCAUUGCCAAGUGCCAGGCAUUGACUACAGCCUCAGCAAACUGGCAAUCCACACUGCCCUUGAGAGUGCCACAGCCAUUGCCCUGUCUCACACUGGCAUUCUCUACAUCGCCGAGACCGAUGAGAAAAAGAUUAACCGUGUUCGACAGGUUAGCACUAACGGAGAAAUCUCCCUUCUGGCUGGAGCUGCCUCUGACUGUGACUGCAAGAAUGACGUCAACUGCAACUGCUUCUACGGCGACGAUGGCUAUGCCCCAGAUGCUGGCUUGAACUCUCCUACUUCCCUGGCAGUGUCCCCUGACGGGACGCUCUUCAUAGCAGACCUCAACAACAUACGAAUCAGAGCAGUUCGAGCCAAUCGGCCCGGACCUGCCGUCUCUAGCCCAGCUUUUGGGGGAUCUGGCGGGGCGCGGUACGAGGUGGCAUCACCCAGGGAACAGGAGCUGUAUGUAUUUAAUAGGGAGGGGCUGCACAUCCAAACCAUUAGUCUUGUGACGGGAGAGCCACUCUAUAACUUCACCUACGGUGCUGACGGAGAACUGGCAAGUCUGGUUGACAAUUGCAACAAUACAGUCAAAGUAAGGAGGGAAGGCCUCGGCCAGGGAGGGGGAGCCGGCCUGCUCCGGCUGGUGCUCCUGCCAGAGAAUCAAGUGGUGACUCUCGGACUGGACCCUAGCGGAGGACUACGCAGUGUGUCAGCCAUGGGCCAAGAGGUGGCUCUCAUGGGCUACAGCGGCAGCACAGGCCUGCUCGCCACCAAAGCUGAUGAGACUGGAUGGACCACCUUUUACCAAUACGACAGCGAGGGUCGCCUGACCAAUGUGACGUACCCCACAGGCAUGGUUACGAGUCUCCAUCGUGAAAUUGAACGCUCUAUCACCAUCGAUAUUGAGAGCUCCAGCAGAGAUGACGACGUCACUGUCAUCACCAACCUUUCCUCUGUGGAAGCCUCGUACACUGUGGUUCAAGACCAAGUAAGAAACAACUACCAGAUGUGCAACAAUGGGACCCUGAGAGUGAUGUACGCCAAUGGAAUGGGCAUAAGUUUUCAUACAGAGCCCCACAUCCUGGCAGGCUAUGUCAGCCCAACCAUCGGUCGUAGGAAUAUCACACUUCCCACAGACAAUGGCCUCAACUCCAUUGAAUGGCGUCUGCGUAAGGAGCAGACCAAAGGGAAAAUUACAGUGUUUGGCAGGAAGCUAAGAGCACACGGUCGCAACCUCCUCUCCAUUGACUUUGACCGUAACACACGCACAGAGAAGAUUUACGAUGAUCAUCGCAAGUUUACACUGCGCAUCAUGUACGACGCUCAGGGCCGGCCGGCUAUGUGGUUGCCUAGCAGCAGCCUGGCAGUGGUCAAUGUGUCCUACUCACCCACCGGUCAGCUUGUUGGCUUGCAGAGGGGGAGCAUGAGCGAGAGAACUGAGUUUGAUCCCCAUGGCCGCAUCCUGUCCCGCUCUUUUGUGGACGGGAAGGUUUGGAGUUACAGUUACCUCGAUAAAUCCAUGGUGCUGUUGCUGCAGAGCCAAAAGCAGUACAUCUUUGAGUUUGAUACCUCAAAUCGGGUCACGGCUGUCACCAUGCCAAGCGUCGCCCGCCACACCAUGUUCACACACGUGUCCAUCGGAUACAUCCGCAACACUUACAACCCGCCAGAGAGCAACGCCUCCAUCAUCCAUGACUUCAGCGAAGACGGCAGGCCUCAGGCAACACAUUACCUGGGCACCGGCCGCCGUGUCCUCUACAAGUACGGCAAGCUGGCCAAGUUGUCCGAGAUUGUGUACGACAGCACCGCUGUGACCUUUGGCUACGAUGAGACGGCCGGCGUUCUGAAGAUGGUCAAUCUACAAAGCGGCGGCUUCUCCUGUACCAUCCGCUAUCGAAAAAUGGGCCCACUCAUCGACAAGCAAAUUUAUCGCUUCAGUGAGGAGGGGAUGGUCAACGCAAGGUUUGACUACACCUACCAUGACAACAGCUUCCGAAUUGCAAGCAUGAAGCCAGUCAUCAGUGAAACGCCUCUACCUGUGGACCUCUACAGAUAUGAUGAAAUCUCUGGCAAGGUGGAGCACUUUGGAAAGUUUGGGGUCAUUUACUACGACAUCAAUCAGAUUAUCACCACAGCUGUUAUGACGCUGAGUAAGCAUUUCGACACCCACGGACGCAUCAAGGAGGUCCAGUACGAGAUCUUCCGUUCCCUCAUGUACUGGAUGACGGUGCAGUACGAUAGCAUGGGACGAGUGGUGAAGAGAGAGCUGAAAAUCGGGCCCUACGCCAACACCACUCAGUAUCGCUAUGAUUAUGAUGGAGACGGACAGCUCACUGGGGUCAAGGUGAAUGACUGGUCAACAUGGCGUUACAGCUAUGACUUGAACGGCAACCUUCAUUUGCUGAACCCUGGGAACAGCGCUCGCAUCAUGCCGCUGCGCUAUGACCUCCGUGAUCGCAUCACACGGCUGGGAGAUGUCCAGUACCGCUUGGAUGAGGAUGGCUACCUCAGCCAGCGUGGUUCUGACAUGUUUGACUACAAUUCAAAGGGUCAGCUGCUGAGGGCUUACAAUCGGGGCCCGGGUGGCUGGAGUGUUGUUUAUCACUACGAUGGAUUGGGCCGCAGGGUCUCGACAAGGAACAGCCUUGGACAGCACCUUCAAUUUUUCUACGCUGACCUCAACCACCCUGCUAGGGUGACACACAUUUUUAACCACUCAAGCUCAGAAAUCUCUUCACUCUACUAUGAUCUUCAGGGCCAUGUAUUUGCCAUGGAGGUAAGCAGUGGAGAGGAAUACUACAUCGCAUCUGACAACACUGGCACACCGUUGGCUGUUUUUAGCAGCAAUGGACAGAUGAUCAAACAGGUGCAAUACACAGCAUACGGGGAGGUUUACCUGGACUCCAACCCGGAGUUCCAGCUAGUGGUCGGAUUUCAUGGUGGUCUGUAUGAUGCCCUGACCAAGCUGGUCCACUUCACUCAGCGUGACUAUGAUGUCCUGGCUGGGCGCUGGACUUCGCCUGACUACAGUAUCUGGCCCAAGAUUGGGAAAGAUCCCGCUCCAUUUAAUCUGUACAUGUUCAAAAACAACAACCCCCUCAGUGACAUGUUAGAUGUGAAGAAUUAUGUCACAGAUGUGAAGAGCUGGCUGGUGAUGUUUGGCUUCCAACUUAGUAACAUAAUCCCAGGGUUCCCUCGACACUCGCUUUACUUUGUGGAGCCACCGUACGAGCUGCAGGCUACGCAGCACUGUGAGAAUGGACAGCUGAUCACCGGUGUACAGCAAGCAGCGGAGCGUCACAACCAGGCAUUCAUGGCCCUUGAGGGUCGUCUUCUCAACAAGGAACGGCGCAGACGAAAGGAAAAGCCCGGCCACUGGUUCGGCACCAGUGCCCCCAUCAUAGGACGUGGAGUGAUGUUGGCCCUCAAAGAGGGCAGAGUGGUGGCUGGCGUAUCAUCUUUGGCCAGCGACGACAGCCGCAAAGUGGCUCUCGUGCUGAACGGCGCCCAGUACCUGGAAGGCACCCACUACACGCAGGACGGGAAGGACUGCCACUACUUUGUGAAAAUUGGCUCAUCCGACAGCGACCUGUUGGCCUUGGGGCUUACAAACGGCCGCAAGUCACUGGAGAGCGGCAUCAACGUGACGGUGAGCGGCCGCUCCAGGAGAGGGGUGACGGUGGAGUUUGCUGUGCCUUCGUUCGUUCUGAGCAUUCGCUACGGGCUCUCUGCCGACGUGGUGGACGAAGAGAAAGUAAGACUGUUGGAGUUGGCUCGUCAGAGGGCCCUGGCGGGAGCCUGGUCCAAGGAGCAGCAGAGGGCCAGAGACGGAAAAGGAGGCAGUCGCCUCUGGACCGAGGGAGAGCGACAGCAGCUCCUGACGAUGGGCAGAGUACAAGGCUAUGAUGGCUACUACGUGCUACCUGUGGAGCAGUACCCAGAACUAGCUGACAGCAACAACAAUAUCCAGUUCCUCAGACAGAAUGAGAUGGGCAGGAGGUAACAGCCCACUAUACAUCCGUCCCACUCCUCCUCAGCCCUUUUUUGUCCUCUCCCCAGCCUCCUUAACCCUUUUUCUCUGGAGAUUUCAUCAACAAACGGGGUUACUCAUGGAACGCUGCAGGGACUUUUGACAAGAGUGACAAAACAUUCAUAUUCAUUUUACUGCCACAGGCAAAAGAAAUCUAAAGUAACAUUUCUUUGAAGAAAAAAUCGGAAUAAGUGAGAAGGCACUACAGAAUAAAUAGGAAAUUUCCCCUUUUUAAAAAAGAUGAUUGAUAUUUUCACCCAUAUUUUUUGGGUCACGCUGGGAGCGCCCGUUCAGUGGAGCGCCGCUGGAUCCUCUGUCUCUAUAAGGACGCUGAAAGGAAAAGGACAAAAGAUUGUGGAGUGCUCCAUUGUGUUGCCAUGACAACAACACUCACAGGAGGACACCAGAGACAGACGAGGCAAUGUUUAAGAGUUUGUCCGGCACUUUGAGUCGUCACUUUGUCUCAGGCCUCCCAUUGUCCAUCACUAACUGAGCAGUCAUGUGCUGCUGAUGCGGCGCCCAUCCAAGCUAGCAACACACAAGCCCAAGGCCUCCAUGAACUGCUACAAAAGGACCAGAAAGUACACCAUAAAAAACAAAAUGAAAAAAGAUGGCUAUAUUUGUGGGCAGUGGCACUACACGGCAUUGUUUAUUUUAAACUGCGAGAAGAAACAUGUUACUACAUACAUACAUGUCCAAUUACACUAAACUUCAGGAUGUUGCGUGUUGAUGACGUAGAUGCUGUAGUUUUGUGCGCUUCAGUCGCAGUAGGAUUGUGAGACGUUCACCAAGGCACUUCUGUACAAAACCCACCGCUCACAGAGUCCAGGAAACAUGCUAAAUUGGUAUUUAUUUUUCAUUUACCCAUUUUUUAUUUAUUUAUUCUUAGUACUAUAUGACAAUCAUGAAUGAGUCGGUCAGUUUAACUCAAAAUGAUCUUUAAUGUAUAAGUUUGUUUUCUUUUGUAAUUUAUGUAAUAAAUGUUCAUUUUGUUUUUUUGUAUUAUUUUAGAUUGCUACCAGGGCAAAUAAUAGUCACUCUCUUAAAAAAAUAAUUUAUGUAAUAAAGUGUUUAAAAAUGGUUUAUACUCUAAAUAAAAGUCUUUAAAACUGUGAAAAUGAUUUUUCAAGAUAUAUUUCGAUGUACAGUGUAUAGAUCUACCUUUAUGCAGCACAGUAGACUAUUGUUCAGAAUAUCGAGUUUUAUAUUUCUAAGAAGAAGUGGCUUGUAAUGUGCAAAAUCUUUGGCUGGUAUUACUACUCUAGAGUUUUGUGGCACUCUAAUAUUGCAUAUCUACAGCAUCGCUCUGCGGUUUUGAUGUUAGGUUGUUUUUCUUUAUUUCUUCCUCUGUUUUUGGAAGCAGACGGAUGUCCAACCUAGAUCCCAACAUCAGUAGCAGUAAUGGAUCCUCCACACUGUGAAGAGACUCGUGAUGGAUGUCAAAUUGUACCAAAUCAGUAUUAUCAAAGGAUAACACGUACGCUCAGCAAAUCGAGACUCUUCUGGGAACUUAUGAAUAAAACAUGAUUGUUUAUUUCAACCCAA